GGGAUCCGUGGGGCGAGAUGCGCCUGCACCUGACCCAAGCGCGGCUCGAGCCCUAGCCGAGUGCGCAGCGGCACCAACCCCCACUCCCCGCCGCGAGGCAGCGCGGGGAUCCUUUAAGAGGCUUGGGCCCAGAGGCGAAGCCGUGUGAGGGCGGGGGAGUGGUGACGUCGUCAGACUCCACCCCCUCGCCCGACCGCCGCCGCCAUGUUUAGUUGUUACUUCUUUACACAAGAUGGCGGCUCCCAGGGAGGAGGCAUGAGCGCCCUGCCGUUACCGCUCCUCCUGCCGUACAGUUGCCACUUCGGGGCCUAACUUUGGCUCUUUGGAGCGGCUCCUGUGGGAAGGAGUCAUAAAGAGGGAAGCGAGGAUUGGACGCUGCCUUGCAUUUGGUCUGCAGUGGAAGAACUGACCAAGGAGGAAGAGAAUAGGGGGGAAGGGGGAGCUAGUCUCAAGAUGGCGGCUCCCAGGGCGGCAGGCGCAGCCUGAGCAGCGGAGGCGGACUCAAGAAAGAGGUGCGAGACCUCACGAGCCGUACGACGCGGGCUUCGGAGCAGCCACGGAGAGUUCGAGCUGGUUCCACUGGCCUCCGGCGUGACUCCAUUCUUUAGGAGAGUCGGGGGUGUUUCGGGAGCGGCGGCUGUACUAAGUGCUAGGCGGGGAAGCGGGACGGUCUCAAGAUGGCGGCUCCCACAAUUGUGGUCUGAGCGCCGGCGGGGCUGAGACGACCGCGGCGCUUGUGGCUCCUUUCCACCCGCCCCGGAAGCCGGCCAGUGUUGGGGACUUGGGGGUGUGGGAACCGGGCCGGGGCUCCGCCAUUUCCGGCGGGGGAGGGCUACGACUGAGGAAGGGAGGAGAGAGAGGCGGCUCAAGAUGGCGGCUCCCAGGGCCUCCCGCCCGAGCUAGUAAGCGGGAGCACCCGAACAAAUAGUCAGGGCGGCGGAACUCGACGGCCACCAGCUUCUCGGGCUUAGGUACUCGACAGUUUCGGGAAGCUCUUGGGGAGACGGGGCGAGCGAGAAGAAGGGGAAGAGCUAAAGGGAAGGAGGGUAGUUAAGAUGGCGGCCUCCAUGGAGUCGUCCACCGCUGUGUGAGGAACCGCUUCUCCGUGAGAGCUGCCUUAGGCGAAAGGGGGGGUGUGUGAGAGGAAUUGAGGGGUUCCCUUCCCGCUUGGUGACUUCUUCCCACCGCACCCUUUCCUGGAACUAUGGCUUCGGCCGUGUCGCCCGCCAACUCGCCAGCGGUGCUCCUGCAGCCCCGCUGGAAGCGAGUAGUGGGCUGGUCGGGUCCGGUGCCCCGACCCCGCCACGGCCACCGUGCCGUGGCCAUCAAGGAGCUCAUCGUGGUGUUUGGUGGCGGCAAUGAAGGAAUAGUGGACGAACUGCACGUGUACAACACGGCAACCAACCAGUGGUUCAUCCCAGCUGUGAGAGGGGACAUCCCUCCAGGGUGUGCGGCCUAUGGCUUCGUCUGUGAUGGUACUCGCCUGCUGGUGUUUGGUGGGAUGGUGGAGUACGGGAAAUACAGCAACGAUCUCUAUGAGCUCCAGGCAAGCCGGUGGGAGUGGAAGAGACUCAAAGCAAAAACGCCCAAAAAUGGCCCCCCUCCAUGUCCUCGACUUGGGCACAGCUUCUCCCUUGUGGGCAACAAAUGCUACCUGUUCGGGGGUCUGGCCAAUGAUAGUGAGGACCCUAAGAACAACAUUCCAAGGUACCUGAAUGACUUAUAUAUCCUGGAAUUACGGCCAGGCUCUGGAGUGGUAGCCUGGGAUAUCCCCAUCACUUACGGAGUCCUGCCCCCACCUCGAGAGUCACAUACUGCUGUGGUCUACACUGAAAAAGACAAUAAGAAGUCCAAGCUGGUGAUCUAUGGAGGGAUGAGUGGCUGCAGACUGGGGGAUCUCUGGACCCUGGAUAUUGAGACGUUGACGUGGAAUAAGCCCAGUCUCAGUGGGGUGGCACCCCUUCCUCGCAGUCUUCACUCUGCAACCACCAUAGGAAACAAAAUGUAUGUGUUUGGUGGCUGGGUGCCUCUCGUCAUGGAUGAUGUCAAAGUGGCCACACACGAGAAGGAGUGGAAGUGUACCAACACGCUGGCUUGUCUCAACCUGGAUACCAUGGCCUGGGAGACCAUCCUGAUGGACACACUGGAGGACAACAUUCCCCGCGCUCGAGCUGGCCACUGUGCAGUUGCCAUCAACACCCGCCUGUAUAUUUGGAGUGGGCGCGAUGGCUACCGGAAGGCCUGGAACAACCAGGUCUGCUGCAAGGACCUCUGGUACUUGGAGACAGAAAAGCCACCACCCCCGGCCCGGGUACAACUGGUACGAGCCAACACCAACUCCCUGGAGGUGAGCUGGGGGGCAGUGGCAACAGCCGACAGUUAUCUUCUGCAGCUCCAGAAAUAUGACAUUCCUGCCACGGCUGCUACUGCCACCUCCCCCACACCCAAUCCAGUCCCAUCUGUGCCUGCCAACCCUCCCAAGAGCCGCCCAGCAGCAGCCGCACCUGCUGUGCAGCCGCUGACCCAAGUAGGCAUCACGCUCCUGCCCCAGGCUGCUGCCGCGCCCCCGACCACCACCACCAUCCAGGUCUUGCCGACGGUGCCAGGCAGCUCCAUUUCUGUGCCCGCUGCAGCCAGGACUCAAGGUGUCCCUGCUGUUCUCAAAGUGACUGGUCCUCAGGCUACAACAGGAACCCCAUUGGUCACCAUGCGACCUGCCAGCCAGGCUGGGAAGGCCCCUGUCACUGUGACCUCCCUGCCUGCUGGUGUGCGAAUGGUUGUUCCCACGCAGAGUGCCCAGGGGACGGUGAUUGGUAGCAGCCCACAGAUGAGUGGGAUGGCCGCGUUGGCAGCUGCUGCUGCUGCCACCCAGAAAAUCCCUCCUUCUUCAGCGCCUACGGUGCUGAGUGUCCCAGCGGGCACUACUAUCGUCAAGACUGUGGCUGUGACACCUGGCACGACCACCCUCCCAGCCACUGUGAAGGUGGCCUCCUCUCCCGUCAUGGUGAGCAAUCCUGCCACUCGUAUGCUGAAGACUGCAGCUGCCCAAGUCGGGACAUCUGUCUCCUCUGCCGCUAACACAUCUACCCGCCCUAUCAUCACGGUGCACAAGUCAGGGACUGUGACCGUGGCCCAGCAAGCCCAGGUGGUGACCACAGUUGUAGGUGGGGUCACCAAGACCAUCACCCUCGUGAAGAGCCCCAUCUCAGUUCCAGGAGGCAGUGCUUUGAUUUCCAAUCUGGGCAAAGUGAUGUCAGUGGUCCAGACCAAACCAGUUCAGACUUCAGCAGUCACCGGCCAGGCAUCUACGGGUCCUGUAACUCAGAUCAUCCAGACCAAAGGACCCCUGCCAGCGGGGACAAUUCUGAAGCUGGUGACCUCAGCAGACGGAAAACCUACCACCAUCAUCACCACCACACAGGCCAGUGGGGCAGGGACCAAGCCCACCAUCCUGGGCAUCAGCAGCGUCUCUCCCAGCACCACCAAACCUGGCACGACCACCAUCAUCAAGACCAUCCCCAUGUCCGCCAUCAUCACCCAGGCAGGCGCCACAGGUGUGACUAGCAGUCCUGGCAUCAAGUCCCCUAUCACCAUUAUCACCACCAAGGUUAUGACUUCAGGAACUGGAGCACCCGCUAAAAUCAUCACUGCUGUCCCCAAGAUUGCCACUGGCCAUGGGCAGCAAGGAGUGACACAGGUGGUGCUAAAGGGGGCCCCUGGACAGCCAGGCACCAUCCUCCGCACCGUGCCCAUGGGGGGCGUUCGCCUGGUCACCCCUGUCACCGUCUCUGCCGUCAAGCCAGCCGUCACCACAUUGGUUGUGAAGGGCACCACAGGUGUUACAACCUUAGGCACGGUGACAGGCACUGUUUCCACCAGCCUUGCUGGAGCUGGGGGCCAUAGCACCAGCGCCUCCCUGGCCACGCCCAUCACCACACUGGGUACCAUUGCCACCCUCUCAAGCCAGGUGAUUAACCCCACCGCCAUUACUGUGUCAGCUGCGCAGACCACACUGACGGCCGCUGGCGGGCUCACCACACCCACUAUCACAAUGCAGCCUGUCUCCCAGCCUACCCAGGUGACUCUGAUUACAGCACCCAGCGGGGUUGAGGCCCAGCCUGUGCACGACCUCCCUGUGUCCAUUCUGGCCUCACCUACUACAGAGCAGCCCACGGCCACAGUCACCAUCGCCGACUCUGGUCAGGGUGAUGUGCAGCCUGGCACUGUGACACUGGUGUGCUCCAAUCCACCCUGUGAGACCCACGAGACAGGCACUACCAACACGGCCACCACCACUGUUGUGGCCAACCUUGGGGGACACCCCCAGCCCACCCAAGUGCAGUUUGUCUGUGAUAGGCAGGAGGCAGCUGCUUCUCUUGUGACCUCAACUGUGGGGCAGCAGAAUGGUAGUGUGGUCCGCGUCUGCUCGAACCCACCCUGUGAAACCCAUGAGACAGGAACCACCAACACUGCCACCACAGCCACCUCCAACAUGGCUGGGCAGCAUGGCUGCUCAAACCCACCCUGUGAGACCCAUGAGACGGGCACCACCAGCACCGCCACGACGGCCAUGUCCAACAUUGGCGCUGGCCAGCAACGAGAUACCCGUCGUGCCUCUAGCACCCCCACUGUGGUCCGGAUCAGUGUGGUUCCUGGGGCAUUGGAGGGAGCCCAGGGUUCUGUCAAGCCCCAGUGCCAAACCCGCCAGACCAGCGCAACCAGCACCACCAUGACUGUGAUGGCCACCGGGGCCCCAUGCUCAACUGGUCCUCUGCUGAGGCCAAGCAUGGCCCUGGAGGCUGGGGUCCAUAGCCCUGCUUUUGUGCAGUUGGCCCCUCUGAGUGGUAAAGUUGGGCCAGGUGGCCCCAGCAACAAGGACAUGCUCCUGGGGCGCCAGCUGGAGACGCAUCACACACACACAACCAAUACCCCGACCACGGCACGCUCCAUCAUGGGUACUGGGGAGCCCAGUGCAGCUCGCGUGGUCUCCAUGCCUGCAUAUGAGAGCCUCCAAACCAGUUCACCCAGCACCACUGUAACUGUGACGGCCCUGGAGGCUCUGCUGUGCCCCUCGGCCACAGUGACCCAAGUCUGCUCCAACCCGCCAUGCGAGACCCACGAGACGGGCACCACCAACACCGCCACUACCUCCAACGCAGGCAGCGCCCAGCGGGCGUGCUCCAACCCACCUUGUGAGACCCAUGAGACGGGUACCACACACACGGCCACCACCGCCACCUCCAGUGGGGGGGCAGGUCAGCCUGAGGGUGGGCAGCAGCCCCCUGCUGGCCGACCCUGUGAGACGCACCAGACCACUUCCACAGGCACCACUAUGUCAGUCAGCGUGGGUGCCCUGCUCCCUGAUGCUGCCCCAUCCCACAGGACCCUGGAGUCCAGCUUGGAGGCAGCGGCAGUGCCCACCAUCACUUCCCAGGCUGGUGCUGCAUUGCUGGCUCCUUUCCCAACACAGAGGGUGUGCUCCAACCCCCCCUGUGAGACCCACGAGACGGGCACCACACACACAGCCACCACCGUCACCUCCAACAUGAGCUCAAAUCAAGACCCCCCACCAGCUGCCAGCGAUCAGGGAGAGGUGGAGAGCACCCAGGGUGAUAAUGUGAACAUCGCCAGCUCCAGUGCCAUCACAACAACCGUGUCCUCCACACUGCCACGGGCAGUGACUACCGUGACACAGUCCACACCUGUUCCAGGCCCCUCCGUGCCGCCCCCAGAGGAACUCCAGGUCUCACCAGGACCUCGCCAGCAGCUGCCACCACGGCAACUCCUGCAGUCUUCCUCCACACCUCUGAUGGGGGAGUCCGCCGAGGUCCUGUCAACCUCCCAGACCCCUGAGCUCCAGACCGCCGUGGAUCUGAGCAGCACAGGGGACCCAUCUUCAGGCCAGGAGCCUGCCAGCUCAGCGGUAGUGGCUACUGUGGUGGUCCAGCCACCUCAGCCCACACAGUCUGAAGUAGACCAGUUAACACUUCCCCAAGAGCUGAUGGCUGAGGCCCAGGCGGGCACCACCACCCUCAUGGUAACAGGGCUCACCCCUGAGGAACUUGCAGUGACUGCUGCUGCAGAAGCAGCUGCCCAGGCUGCAGCCACCGAGGAGGCCCAGGCCCUGGCCAUCCAGGCAGUGCUCCAGGCCGCACAGCAGGCUGUCAUGGGCACCGGGGAACCCAUGGACACAUCUGAGGCGGCAGCAGCUGUGACACAGGCAGAGCUGGGUCACCUUUCAGCUGAGGGCCAGGAGGGCCAGGCCACCACCAUCCCUAUUGUGCUGACACAGCAGGAAUUGGCUGCCUUGGUGCAGCAGCAGCAACAGCUACAGGAGGCCCAGGCCCAGGCCCAGCAGCAGCACCACCUCCCCACCGAGGCCCUGGCCCCAGCCGACAGCCUCAAUGACCCGACCAUCGAGAGCAACUGCCUCAAUGAGCUGUCUGGUGCUGUCCCCAGUACUGUGGCCCUGUUACCCUCGACGGCCACUGAGAGCCUGGCUCCGUCCAACACCUUUGUGGCCCCCCAGCCAGUUGUGGUAGCCAGCCCAGCGAAGCUACAGGCUGCAGCUACCCUAACUGAAGUGGCCAAUGGCAUAGAGUCCCUGGGUGUGAAGCCAGACCUGCCACCCCCGCCCAGCAAAGCCCCCGUGAAGAAGGAGAACCAGUGGUUUGAUGUGGGGGUCAUUAAGGGCACUAAUGUGAUGGUGACACACUAUUUCCUGCCGCCAGAUGAUGCUGUCCCAUCAGAUGAUGACUCGGGCACUGUCCCUGACUAUAACCAGCUAAAGAAGCAGGAGCUACAGCCAGGCACAGCCUAUAAGUUUCGUGUUGCUGGUAUCAACGCCUGUGGCCGGGGGCCCUUCAGCGAGAUCUCAGCCUUUAAGACGUGUCUGCCUGGUUUCCCAGGGGCCCCUUGUGCCAUUAAAAUCAGCAAAAGUCCAGACGGUGCUCACCUCACCUGGGAGCCGCCCUCUGUGACCUCCGGCAAGAUCAUCGAGUACUCUGUGUACCUGGCCAUCCAGAGCUCACAGGCUGGUGGGGAGCCCAAGAGCUCCACCCCUGCCCAGCUGGCCUUCAUGCGAGUGUACUGCGGGCCCAGCCCCUCUUGCCUUGUGCAGUCCUCCAGCCUCUCCAAUGCCCACAUUGACUACACCACCAAGCCCGCCAUCAUCUUCCGCAUCGCUGCCCGCAACGAGAAGGGCUAUGGCCCAGCCACACAAGUGAGGUGGUUACAAGAAACCAGUAAAGACAGCUCAGGCACCAAGCCAGCCAGCAAGCGGCCUAUGUCCUCUCCGGAAAUGAAAUCUGCUCCAAAGAAAUCUAAGGCAGAUGGUCAGUGAGAGUAAGCUGACCAGCACCUGGAUUCUUCUCCAGACCCCCUCUGCUUCAGGAACCACCCAUCAGGGGCUGCCCUGCUCGCCCCGCCUGCUCGGCGUUCGCACUUCACCCUCACCAGCCACUGGCCACCGUUCAUCCUCCCUCUUUCUGUCUGUUUUUACAAUAAAGAAAGCACAUUUUACCAUUGCUGUUGGGAGGGAGCAGAAGGCAGAUUGGAAAGAGCAGUGAGCCAGGAGCAGGAGCAUAGCGCUCCUCCUUUCCCCCUCCCUCCAGCCCCUGCCCCUGGGGCUACAGAGCCCUUUGAGGGAAAGAAAUUGAAACUCAAAGGAGGUAGACCUCACCCACAUUUCAAAGCCUGCACAUGUUUCCUGCGGUUCAUCACUCUUGGCCUGAGGGGCAGCCUAGGGCUGGGUGGGGGUGGGUAGUGGAGCCAAGGAAAGGCGCCCCGUAUUGGGUGUCUGUCUGAUUCUAUUUUACUUUGUUACCCUUGUGUUUCCAAUCACCUCUCAUCCCUUCCUCAGGCUUAGCCGGUCCUAUCUCGCCCAGCGAGCCCACAGGAAGCUUACAAAUCUUCUCUGAGGCCUUUGUGCUCCCACUUCUUCUUCCCCGCUUCCCCUUUAUAAAGAGAAAAGAAAGAAGGAAAUAGGAGGAGGGGAAAGGAGGAGCCCCUGGGUAGCCUGAGCAGCGGCUGUGGAAUCCUGAAAUGUCCCAGUGGGGAAUGGAGUGGCCCCUGGCAAGCCUGGCUUUGGCCCUGCCCAGCUUGAGGCUGGGGCCACAUCACCAACUGCUGCAUUUGUUGUAUUUUUCUUUUUAAGUUGAAAUUGAUGAAGUUAACAUUUUUAUUGUAAUUUUAGCCUUAGCGUGUGGGGUUUUGUCCCUUUUUGUUGUUAGCUGUGUACAGAAUGU